AUGGGAAGGCCUAAGCGUCAAGAUUCGGACAAUGUCGAAAAUAAACGGUCGUUAAUUCGUGCUCGUGCAUCGCGGGAUGCAUCGUUACGGUCAAUUAAGAAAAUAAAUACUAUAGGCGAGGAAGCUAAAAUAAAUGUCGAACUUCGCGCAUUGUUUGAAGCUCAUUACUUGUCAUUGAAACGGUUCACUGAUCAAUUUGAGUUAGCACAACAAGCAGUAUUAAAUGCUCUUGUUGAUUCGGAUAAUGUAGGCGAGUUUGAAACGGUUGAUUCUGAAGUCACUGACGCUAUGGAAGAGAUAUGUGCAAAUAUUCAACUCAUUGCUACUGGCUUCCAUAACGCUUCGGUUAAUGUUGUUGCUACUAAUAAUGUUUCUACUGGUGCAAGACAAAUAGCUCAGCCUGUUGUGCUCCCAAAAAUUGAAUUACCAAAAUUUGAUGGUAAUGUACUUGAUUGGGUAUCAUUUCGGGACAUGUUUCAAUCACUAGUUCAUGACAACCCUGAUAUUUCCAACAUUCAACGUUAUCAUUUUUUAAUUCUAAGCUUGUCCGGUCCAGCACUAGCGGUAGUGAAAGCCAUUCCGUUGACGGCUGAUAAUUAUGUCAUAGCUUGGGACGCAUUAAAACAAUCAUUUGAGAAUCAACGGUUAAUAGCUUCUGCACAUAUUGAUAAACUAUUUUCAUUUGUGCCUUUGAAGAAAGAAUCAUUGUCGUCACUAUCUUCAUUUGUUCACGUAUUUACCGAAAAUGUUUCGGCUAUUAAAGCACUUGGUGUUCAAGAUUUGGCUGGUUUUAUCUUGUUUCACAUCGGGGCCCGGGUAAUUGAUACAGAGACCAGGAGACUUUUUGAAGCUAGCAUCGAACAAAAUGAAGUACCUAGUUUAGAUAUGCUAUUAAAAUUUGUAGAAAAGAGAUGUAAAAUCUUAGAAAAUAUUGGAACCUCGGUUGGAACGAACGAAAAACAGGAUAACACCUUUAAAGGUAAUAGUAAGAAGACACAAGGUGGGCUUCCUGGCAAAACUUCAUUGACAAUUUCAACUUCAUCUACUGCAUCAAAUUGUCCAUUCUGUCAACAUGAACAUCAAAUUCAUCGUUGUUUCUCAUUUAAGCGCAAACCAGUUACGGCGCGGCGUAAGUUUGUGAGUGACAACAGUUUAUGUUUUAUAUGCUUAAAACUUGGGCAUAAUGCUAGCUCUUGUACUGCCGUUUUUACAUGCAAGAAAUGUGAAGGUCGUCAUAACACACUGUUACAUCUGGAAAGUUUUGGUGUAACGAAUAACAGUGAGGUGACGCAGAAGGAAAAUACAAUUGUUCAGGCCACUACGUCCGAACCAGUUGAAAAUAAUACUGUAUUCGCAGGUACUAUAUCAACACAAACAACUGUAGUAUUAGGGACUGCCGUUAUUCGGGUACAAGAUAACACAGGUGCUAUGCAUCAGAUCAGAAUUUUAUUAGAUAGUGGGUCACAAGUUUCAGCUAUCACAGCGGAUUGUGCCAACAGACUCGGUCUCAAAUGUAGCAAAAGUCACGUAAAAGUGGUUGGCCUUUCUCAACAACCAGUCUCCAAGGUUAAAGGAGUUACUCAGUGUGAUUUUUUCCCUCUUCAGUCAGAGCAACCAUGUUUUAAGGCAGACAAUGUUAUCAUAUUAUCCCAAAUCACUGGAUUAAUACCAACAUGUUCACUUCCUGUCACCGUUCGCACACGCUAUCAACACCUAGUACUAGCCGAUCCAGAAUUUGAUCGUCCCGGUACCGUUGACAUGCUGAUAGGUGGUGAUUUAUAUCCGAUGAUUUUGCAACCUAGAACUGACAUUAUUCAUACACCUGGAAUACCUUCAGCAAUGCACACAAACCUUGGUUGGAUAAUUGUUGGUUCAUUGAAGGAUUCUACUCCAUUAUCUCUCACGUCAUUAACGAUUAGUACGGUACCAGUUAUGAAUGAGACUUUGCAACAAUUUUGCAGGAUUGAAGAGCCGAUAGUUCAAACACAAUCAACAACAGAAGACGAACGAUGCGAAGAGUGGUUGUGCAAAACAGUGUCACGGGACACAUCAGGCAGGUUUUGUGUUGCUCUCCCUUUUCGAUCUACAAUUAACGUACAAUGUAAUUCAAAGCAAGACUUGAUUACGCCGAGUGGUCUUGGUUCCUCGCGUACUAUGGCAUUAAACCGGUUGCUUAAUAUUGAACGCCGCUUAGCUAAAGACCCUGAACUAUAUUCCGCGUAUCGUUGUUUCAUGAAUGAAUAUCUUUUAUUAGGUCACAUACGCGCAGCUGAUAAACCAGAAAAAUAUUUUAUCCCGCAUCACGCAGUAGUCAAACGGAAAAACGGUAAGAUGAAAAUUCGGGUAGUAUUUGAUGCGUCGGCUAAGUCGUCAUCUGGGUUUGUAUUGAACGACUGCUUGGCAACCGGGUCAAAAUUACAAAGUAAUAUUACGGAUAUACUACUUCAAAGUCGUUUUUACAAAUAUUUAUUCAUUGCCGACAUUGAAAAGAUAUACGGGCAGAUCCGAGUCAAUGAUGCAGACUGUGCGUAUCAACAUAUACUUUGGAGAAAUUCACCCAAUGAGGAAGUCAAAGAAUACGAAUUAUGUACAAGAACGUAUGGUUUCAAUGCAGCUCCAUAUUUGGCAAUCAGAUGUUUACGCCAAUUAGAUUCAGAUUGCGGAAAUCAAUUUCCUCUGGCAAAAAAUCUGUUAGUUACAUCUACAUAUGUUGACGAUAUUGUGGCAGGAGCUGAUACAGAAAGGGUUGUGCUAGAACUUCAACGUCAAUUAAUAUCCUUAUUACGUAAAGGAGGGUUCAAUCUAAGGAAAUGGGCCAGCAAUUGUGACGCAAUAUUAAAAGGUAUACCUGCUGAAGAUCGCGCAAUGGACCCAUCUUUUGAACUUAAAGAUGACCAAUCAGUGAAAGUACUGGGUUUGCAUUGGAGUACUAAUUCGGAUAUCUUAGGGUAUCAUAUUAAUAUCAACCAAGUCAACCCAAUUAAGCGCUCAAUACUUUCAGCAAUUGCUCGUCUAUAUGAUCCAGUUGGCACGUUGGGACCCGUGAUAUUUUGGGCCAAGCGCGUUCUGCAAGAGCUAUGCAUAGAAAAGUUAGAUUGGGAUGAGCCGCCUCCGCCUGAUAUCAUCAAUAAAUGGCAAGAUUUUACAACGGAGUUACCUGCAUUAUCGUCAUUGUCGCUUUGUCGAUUCAUUAACGUACUCUCAUCAAAAACCAUACGAUUAUUGGGUUUUGCGGAUGUCUCUAAAAAGGGAAUCAUCCGCGUCGUUGGAAGAUUGAAGCGUGCAUUCUUGGAUGAAGAUGCAAAACAUCCAAUCCUUCUGCCUCAAAAGGUUCGUCUGACGGAGCUUAUCAACACACCAUCACGACCACCCAUGUCCUGGCAGAUAGGUCGAAUCGUUCAAGUCCAUCCAGGUGCGGAUGACAUUGUGCGUGUGGCAACUGUCAAAACACAUGAGGGAACUUUGACCCGUCCUGUGGUCAAGUUAGUGAAACUUCCGAUUGAUCCAAGACCUUAA